CAAAAGCUGCAUUUUCCUGGGAAACCCUUUUUUUCAUUUUAUCGGGAAAACCAAUCCCCCUUUCUUGCCAGGGGGGUUUCUAGACCAAAGGCAAUUCACCAAUCCCUUUCAAUCACAGAUACAAGUGAUAAAAAUGGCUAAAGCUCAAAAGGGUCUUUUACAAUCCAAUACAACAUGUGAAUCUCUUCUUGACGAACUUCAGAUAAUUUGGAAUGAAGUCGGGGAGUCUGACACCGAAAAAGAUAGAAUGUUGUAUGAGCUUGAAGAAGAGUGUGUAGAAGUAUAUAGAAGAAAGGUAGAUAAAGCAAAUCGGUCUAGAGCUCAACUAAGGCAGGAGAUUGCUGAUUCCGAGGCAGAGCUUGCAUGUAUCUGCUCAGCAAUGGGAGAGCGACCAGUGCAUUUUAGGCAGUUUGACAAAAACGCUGGAAGCUUGAAGGAAGAGCUGGCAAGAGUUCACCCAGAGCUGGAGGAAAUGCGAAAAAGGAAGUUUGAGCGUAGAAAUCAAUUUAUAGAAGUUCAAGAACAGAUUCAAAGUAUCUCAAAUGAGAUUUAUAGUACAGGAGAAUAUAUUACAGCUGUUGUAGAUGAAACUGAUUUGUCAUUGAGAAAGCUUGAAGAAUUGCACAGAGAGCUCCUUGCACUUCAGAAGGAGAAGAGUGAACGCCUCAAAAAGGUUCAAGCCCAAAUGUAUACAUUGAAUUCUCUCUGUUCAGUGCUUGGUUUGGACUUCAAGCAGACAGUCAGUGGAGUCCAUCCUAGCUUAGGAAUUUCAGAAGGUCCUAGGACUGUCAACAGUGAAACCAUAAAUCAAUUGGCUAUUGCCAUACAAGAACUGCGAAAAGUUAAACUACAGAGAAUGCAAAGGCUUCAAGAUAUAGCUUCAACAAUGUUGGAGCUCUGGAAUUUGAUGGAUACGCCUGUUGAAGAGCAACAGAUGUUUCAGAAUGUUACUUGUAAUAUAGCUGCUUCAGAAGAUGAAGUAACUGAACCAAACAGCUUGUCUGAGAACUUCAUCAAUUAUGUCGAGGCAGAAGUAUCCAGGUUGGAAGAGUUAAAAUCAAGCAAAAUGAAAGAGCUUGUUUUGAGGAAAAGAGCAGAGCUAGAGGAGAUAUGUCAAAAGACUCAUUUGAUUCCAAAUAUUGAUAGUGCAGUGGAACACGCUGUUGAAGCGAUAGAGUCUGGAGCGGUAGACCCAGCUUGUUUGCUCGAACAACUUGAACUUCAGAUUGCCUCUGCAAAAGAGGAAGCUUUUGUCAGAAAAGAAAUACUUGAAAGAGUUGAGAAAUGGUUAGCAGCAUGUGAAGAAGAAUCUUGGCUCGAGGAGUACAACAUGGAUGAAAAUCGAUACAAUGCUGGGAAAGGUUCUCAUCUUACUCUCAAGCGAGCGGAGAGAGCCCGUGCCUUGGUCAGCAAACUUCCAGCAAUGGCAGAGGCUUUAACAUCAAAAACUAUAGCAUGGGAAAAGGACAGAGGCAUUGAGUUCACAUAUGAUGGUACCUGUCUGCUCUCUAUGCUUGAGAACGACUCGCUAUCACGGCAAGAGAAGGAGCAAGAACGUCGUAGGCAGAGGGAACUGAAGAAACUUCAGGGACAAAUCACAGCGGAAAAGGAAGUACUCUACGGGACAAAGGUAAGCCCUUCAAAGACCCAGAAUGCAAAAAAGACACCAAGGAGUGGAAGCGCAGCAUGUAGAAGAAUCUCCCUUGGAUGCCAGACACCAAAAUCUGAUUCGAAACCUUAUCAGUCACAGUUAUCCUUCACAAAGAGGACAGAAAAAGCCCACCAAAAUGAUCGACUAAAUAAUCUGGAUGAUGAUGUUUCAUGUUUAUCAUCAGCUAGAAAAGGACUUGAUACUGCUGGUGUUCCUAUGAAAAAAUUCUCUACUGGUGCUGAGAGUGUUCGUAUAAUGGAAUCUCCUUCUACCCGCCAACCUUUUUCCCCCAUCUCUUUAAUGGUAUCAUUAGCUAAAGAUGCAAAUGCUGUAGACGAUAUACAGAACAAGAAGUUGCAGAAAACAUUAGUAGUUAGCAAUUUUCCAUCCAUCACUACUACAUCAAAGACAACCAUAGUGGUGGAUGAAGAAAAUAGAACUCCUAUGAAUACGUCCAUGACUCCAACCCCUGCCUCAGUUCCUUAUGGAGAAGAGACCGAAUACUCCUUUGAGGAAAGAAGGCUCGGUUUGUGUUAGCAUAACUGGUUUGUUUGGUUUUCCAGAUUACAUAUUACACAGUUAUUGUAGUUACCUGUAAAUGAUAAUCACAAGUCAAAUGUAAUUGGCUUCCCGAUUAUGUACAUAAUCUCAGAAGGGGGCUUGGACUGUGGUGUGGAAAGUACAUAUUAAUGAUAAAUCUUGCAAUCUAA